AUCGACGUGUAGAUGAAGGAAGGGAGACGAUAUAUAAGAUGACGAUUUUCGCGGAUUAUCGCGCUUUUUCCUGAUCCUCUACAGCGAGAAAUUGAAGAUGAAGGGACUUCUCUGUUGUGCGACUUUGUUGCUGGCGUGUGUGCUUAUCACGCAAGUGCAAGGUAAUUGCCCUUAUGACGACGAAACUCUACCUGUCGGCACUCAUUAUCGCAAAUGCAACAAGAUCAACUGUAACGAAGAUGGUACAAUGAGUAUGCUCGCAUGUCCAUUGGCACUUUGCCAGCCAGGUGAGCAAAUCGGUUAUCAUGAACUGGAUAUCAGUAAACCUUAUCCGGAAUGCUGCGAGAGACCGAUUUGCAAGGACCACUGAGCGCUUACACGAUGAGAUAUCCUCUGAGCUUUCGUCCCUGGCACAAUAAACUGACCUGUCGCUCUCGCGUUCUGCGCAAGAGAUUCUAAUCGUUCUCUCGUUUACUCUAUUAAUUUUAUAACGUUUGUAACUUGUUUCUUGCUUGCAGCAGGACGUCAUGUGUCUUGCUGCUCGCUUGUGACUUUUACUCGCUUAUCGUUCCUUUCGCCAAAGUUCCCAGACUCGCGAAUUCCUGUCACGCAAGCGACACCAACUUUACGCUUCCCUCUAGCAUAACCGUUAUUUUCGCGUUACUCCUUGAGAUUAGACCGAGGAAUGCGACGCCUCCGGCACGAUCCGGCAUGAUAAUGCAAAUAAACGCUACUUUCGCCUGACCGA